GUUGCUGUGUUUCUCACAAGAGCCACAAUGUCAAGUGAUUUAAGAGUGGAAGAGUCUGAAAUUGAAAUUCUUGACAUCUAUGGUGAUGGAGGUGCUGGGGGGUUAAGUGAUGAUAAAGACAUUCAAAAAUGUGUUAAAGAAUUCCAAAAGCAUUCACCAGAUGCUGCAGUACAGAAGAUUAAGGAAAACUUUGAGACUCUGGAUCAUGUGACACUCAACAUUGGUGUAACUGGAAAUACAGGAGCAGGAAAGUCCUCCUUUGUGAACGCCAUACGGGGUCUGAGCAACGAUGAUGAGGGAGCAGCUGAAACAGGAGUAACGGAGACCACACAGACACCGACACCAUUCCCACAUCCCACAAUGCCAAAUGUCACCAUAUGGGAUCUGCCAGGCAUCGGCUCUCCCAAAUUCAAAGCAAAGACGUAUCUGUCUGAUGUCCAUUUUGAACGCUACGACUUCUUCAUCAUCCUCACUUCAGAGAGAUUCAAAGAGAAUGACAUUAAUCUGGCCAAAGCAAUCAAGAAGAAGAAACGACUGUUUUAUUUCAUUCGUUCAAAGAUCGACAACGACAUAAAUGCAGAAAAAAACAGAAGAAACUUCAACAAGGAAAUUAUGUUAUCUAAGAUCAGAGAGGACUGUAAGAAGAACUUGAAAAGUGUUGGAGAUUCAAAGGUUUUUCUGAUAUCCUCCUUAAAUUUCAACGAAUAUGAUUUUAACAAGUUUAUUGACACUCUGGAGAAAGAACUCCCAGAAACAAAGAAACAUGCUCUUGUCCUUUCUCUACCAGUCUACUCUUUAGAGGUAUUGCAGAGGAAGAAGAGACAUCUACAGAAGAUGAUCUGGCUCACAGCCUUUGGCUCAGGUGCAAUAGCUAUCGUUCCUAUCCCAGGUCUUACAGUGGCAUGUGAUUAUGGAAUCAUCUUGUCAUUUCUAGAAAGUGUUUUUAAAUCUUUUGGGCUCGAAGAUAGCUCUUUGCAGAGGCUUGCAGCACGAGUGCAACUGAACGUGAUGUCCUUGAAAGCUGAAAUUAAAUCAAGGUUCCAUGAUGGAGUCACACGCCGUGCGGUGACGUCCUUGCUCACCACACCUGCAAUGGCCGCCAUUAUGACUCUGAAGGGGCUCAUGAGUGGUGCAAUUCCACUCGGACAGCUACCAGCUGGAGCCAUGUCUGUGCCUAUCAUGCACUAUCUGCUCAACAAAGGCCUCAAGGAAAUGGAAAAGGAUGCAAAGUCUGUGCUAGAGAAAGCCCAACUGCACUAAGUGGAGAUUCCAUAAGUGAAGUUGAGAUGCAUCUCAACACAAAUCCAGGCGGAACCCAUGGGUAUGUAAUUGAGGCUACAGUUGAGGCCUCCAUGCAAAGGCCACUGGAAGAAUGUGUUGUGAACUGUAAUAAUUUUGACAUUCUCUCUAAAGCUAAAACUUUUUACAUAAAAGUGAAUGUGUGAUCAUAAAUGCGUAAAUACUGUAUUUACAUCAGUUAAGUUGUAAAUCAAGUUGUAUAACACUAUCAUGUCACAGUGUACACUUACAUGGCAUGGCUUACAUGUCUACCCUCAUGUCUAACUCUUAUACUAUUACUAUGUUAAGUUUAUUUUAAUUGUCCAUAUAUUUAUACUAGUACUGUUAUUAUUAUUACUAUGCUUACAUUUUGUACUGUACAUAUUUAUUGCUGGUCACUAGAAUUUAACCUUGCACUGUUGCACUGUUGGACUUAUUUGCACUACCAACUUGACACACACCUCAUACUGGAUCACAGUACCAAUCCUCAGUACAUUCAUGCACAUCUUAUCUAUAGUAUUUUACUGCUCCUUUAGUCAUGUUGAUUUGUUGAUUUGCUUUUUAUUUUCCCGUUUAUAUUGUAUUGUAUGUUGUGUGUGGUGUCUUAAGCUGCUGGGACCUUGAAUUUCCCCUUGGGGAUCAAUAAAGUAUCUAUC